UUUACAUCUGGGAUAAUUUUUCACAGCAAAAAUCAUUUUGGAUACUAAAGAGAGAAACAUACCAUCAUUGACUCUACUCUCUACACCACUUCUCUCUCUUUUUCUCUAUUUGAUAUAUAGAUAUCUAGUAGAAUUGAAUAUAUAUUACAAAAAAACUUUAUUGUUAUUAUCGAAAAAUUAAAAUUAUCGAAAAUAUGGGGAGAGGAAGAGUGCAGCUGAAGAGAAUAGAGAACAAAAUAAACCGGCAAGUGACUUUCUCGAAACGUCGAUCCGGUUUGCUGAAGAAAGCCCAUGAGAUCUCUGUGCUUUGUGAUGCUGAGGUUGGUUUGAUUGUUUUUUCCACUAAAGGAAAACUCUUUCAAUAUACCAAUGAUUCCUGCAUGGAAAGGAUACUUGAAAGAUAUGAAAGAUACUCAUUUGCUGAGAGGCAGCUUGUUCCUACUGAUCAUACCUCCCCGGGAAGCUGGACUCUGGAACAUGCAAAACUUAAGGCGAGACUUGAGGUUCUGCAGAGGAACCAAAAGCAUUACGUAGGAGAAGAUUUGGAAUCGUUAAGUAUGAAAGAACUUCAGAAACUGGAACAACAACUUGAUUCUUCUCUUAAACACAUUCGAUCAAGAAAGAACCAACUGAUGCAUGAGUCUAUUUCUGUGCUUCGAAAAAAGGACAAAGCAUUGCAGGAGCAAAACAACCAGCUUUCCAAGAAGGUGAAGGAGAGGGAGAAAGAAGGGGCACAGCAAUAUCAGUGGGAUCAGCAGAACCAUGAAAUCAACUCAUCUACAUUUGUUUUGCCACAACAAUUGGACUCUCCUUACCUUGGGGAAGCAUACCGGAGUAGUAAUGGAGUAGAUAAUGGGGAAGUAGAAGAAGGUAAUUCUUCACAGCAGCAAGCUGCAGCUAAUAAUACUGUGAUGCCACAAUGGAUGCUUCGUCAUCUGAAUGGCUAAAAGUAAAAUUAAUUAAUACUUGAUGGUCACUAUAUAUCAACCUAGGUAUAUAUAUAUAUUUUGAUGCCACAAUAUAUUUUGUCUAAACGUACUUUAAUUCAUAUAUGUUAUAAGAAAAAGACAUGCUACAAUAUAGAUAGAUUGUUGUAAAAACAGUAUAUAUGUUAAAAUGAACUUUAAUGUAUCAGCCUUCUUGCCUUGAUUUAACUAAAUAUAUUCUCAAUGAA